UCACAACUCAACAACAUAGGGUUCAUCAAGAAUUGGUUCAAAACUCACUGUUUGUGGAGUUUAUUCAGAUUCACUCAACCCCACAUCAAUCUCUUUCUCUACUAACCUCCAAGGUCCCUCUCUCAAGGAAAUGAACACGGAAGAAAAAAGAUUUAAUCAAGAAGAGGAAGAUGAGGAGGAAAAUGGGAGAGGUCGAGAAGCAUGGGAAAGAACUUAUGCAGAUGAAAGAUCAUGGGAGUCUUUGCAAGAGGAUGAAUCAGGACUCCUUCGUCUAAUUGACAACAAAACUCUAUCCCAUGCUCAGUAUCGACGACGUCUCCGCACUGCAACUGCUGCACGAAUUCAGAAGGGUCUGAUUCGGUACCUCUACAUUAUCAUUGAUUUCUCCAGGGCAGCUGCAGAAAUGGAUUAUAAACCAAGCCGAAUGGUUGUAGUUGCUAGACAAGUGGAGGCUUUUAUAAGAGAAUUUUUUGACCAGAAUCCCCUGAGUCAAAUUGGCUUGGUGAUCUUGAAAGAUGGAGAAGCUCAUUGCUUAACAGAUCUUGGUGGCAGUCCUGAGGCUCAUAUCAAGGAAUUGAUGGGUAAAUUGGGGACCUCAGGUGAUGCAUCCCUUCAGAAUGGCCUAGAUCUUGUGUGUGAUCUCCUAAAUCAAAUCCCAUCGUAUGGUCAUCGUGAAGCCCUUAUCUUGUAUUCAGCUCUUAGCACAUGUGAUCCAGGGGAUAUACUGGAAACCAUCCAAAAAUACAAAGCGUCCAAGAUAAGGUGCUCAGUAAUUGGUCUCUCUGCAGAACUCUACAUAUGCAAGCAUCUCUGCCAAGAGACUGGUGGAAUGUAUUUUGUUGCAUUGGAUGAGCCUCAUUUAAAAGAGUUGGUAUUGGAGCAUGCCCCACCUCCUCCAGCUAUUGCAGAGUUCGCUGUUGCAAAUUUGAUUCAGAUGGGUGUGACAAUGGGGUUCCCCCAGAGAACAGCAGAGGGUGUCAUUUCAAUUUGUUCAUGUCAUAAAGAGGCUAAAGUUGGUGGUGGAUACACUUGUCCGAGAUGCAAAGCACGCAUAUGUGAGCUGCCUACUGAGUGUUGCAUUUGCGGACUGACCCUUGUAUCUUCUCCACAUUUGGCAAGGUCAUAUCACCAUCUCUUCCCAAUAAGGCCAUUUGAUGACGUUUCACCCUCAACUCUGAAAGAUUUUCACAAGUUACCAAAGAAUUGCUUUGGUUGCCAACUGAGUUUUCUAAAUCCUGGAAAUUUGCCAGGUCCGCAGGUUGCUUGUCCAAACUGCAAACAACACUUCUGCCUUGAUUGUGAUAUUUAUAUACAUGAGAGCUUGCACAAUUGUCCGGGUUGUGAGAGCUUAAGGAAUUCCAAGACCAUUAGUGAUAUGGAAGAAUGAUAAGGAUGUCUAUUUCUGAAGUGGUUUAUUCCUCAAA